GUUCUUCGGAAGAAGAUGGACGUCGCAGCUGUCGCUACGCCUUCUCCGAGCUUCUGGAGGCAUGGCGCCGCUGGAUCCGCUGGCGCCGCGGAGCUCCAGUUUAGGGGGUGCAAGAAUGCGGGCCGGGAGCUCACGAAAUUGAGGGCAUUUCUUUGCUCCAGCUCGAUUCAGGAUUCCAGGAGUAAGCCGUGGAACGAUGCGAAUUUGGCGCGGGAGCUCCGGGAAUUCAUGGUAGCUAAUGGACUUCCUUCUGAUAAAGUUCCAAGUACAAAGGAGCUAGCGAGCAAUGGACGCCAAGAUCUUGCCAACGUUGUGAGACGCAGAGGCUACAAAGCCAUCGCACAGCUCUUAGCUUCGACUCCCGUCUCGAGCCAGCCUGUUGUUGGAAACAUUGUGGAUGAAAGUUGUGAUGCUCUACAGCCGCAAGUCGAGAACGAUGUUGUUCUUAACGGUUCUGCCAGGACAGAAGAUGAAGAGAGAGCCAGCCAUCACCAGCUUGAGUAUCUCGAUGUAAUAAGGCCGCCUUCUCCAGAUGUUCUUGGAGUAGAUUCGAGCCAGGUCUUGGAAGAAAAAGCUGAGAAGUUCCUACGUACGGGAGAGUUCUCUUCGGAUCAAGAAAACGAGGCUUUAAGCACGACUGAAGAAUCUGACAGCGAGGACGAAGCCUUGGAAAUGGUUGCACUGAGAAAAGCAGCGCUGCUACGAUCGAAGCUCACACCCUUCAUCAGCUCCAGGGAGACGGUUUCUCAGGACGAACAAAUAGCUAGCGAGAAACUAUUUGCUACUACCAAUAAAGUCCAAGAUCUCUUAGAGAAGGACAAGGGUCUUCAAUCCCAGUCGAAGGACCAAGCUCCGGUGUUUUCAGAGGAUCCGAAAGCAGCUUUGGAAAUGCGGGAGAAAGAGCUGAGCCUUUUAUCGCGUGAACUGAACGAGGCCAAGGCACAACUCGCUUUGGUACAAGCCAAGACCACGGCAGAACUGUCCCAGGCUAAGCAAGCGUCCAUGGAAAAGGACUUGCGACUCAGCGCUGCGGAGCAUGCGCUGGCGAAUCUAAAACAGGUGAAGAUAGAGUGGUGGGGUGUAGCUUCCAAAGUCGAGCUCGCUGGAAGCUUCAAUGGCUGGCAGCACUUUUUCGUGCUGGAGCCCGAUCUUUCGUCCGAGAUCGUCAAACCAGACGGAUCAAGAGGUCCGUUGUUGUGGGAGACCGAGCUAUGGCUCUAUCCUGGCGUGUACGAGAUGAAGUUCGUCGUAGAUGGCGAAUGGCAAAUAGAUCAUAGGCGAGAAGUAUCGAUGAAAAGCAUGAACCAAAACAAUAUCCUCCGCGUGGAGCUGUGAAACAUAGAAUGGCGUGGAAUAUUCGCCGGCAUUGACGGGGUCCCGGCUCCUUGUGGGCGCGGCGGCAUUCACAUAUAAUGGGAAAAAACUAGGGCGGC